AUGGAGGGCAACUCCAUUGCUGCAGCCUUCAGCCCCUUGCAGCAGCUCAGGGUUGCUGACCUUGUUGUCAUAACAGCUUAUUUCUCCUUAAACAUUGCAGUGGGAAUAUGGCUUUUCUCCUCCCCAUCUUAAUGCAGGGUGAACAGGAACACCGGCAGUGGCUGUUUCCUUGCGGGCAGAGACAGGGCCUGGUGGCCAAUGGGUGCCUCCCUCUUUGCCAGCAGCGAGGGCUCGAGGCUCUUCAAUGGGCUGACUGGGACCAGUGCUGUCACUGGCUUCAGGUGGAAGGUGACUUAUGCUCUGCUGGCACUUGCCUGGGUGUUCAUCUCUGUCUACAUCCCAUCUGGUUUGGUCACCAUGCCCGGGUACCUCCAGUGAAGGUUUGGAUGGGAGAGGAUCCGGAUGUACCUCUCUGAUCGGAUGCUCCUGCUCUCCAUCUGCACCAAGACCCCUACCUCCCUGUACUGGCCUGUACUGGGAGCCCUCUCUGUCCAAGUCUGCCUGGGCUGGGACCUUUCCCUCUCCACCAUCCUGAUGCUGAUGGUCGCAGGGCUCUACACCAUUGCAGGAGGACUGGCGGCCGUCAUCUACACCAACACACUGCAGAUGCUCAUCGUGGUCCUCGGAGCCAUCGUGCUGGUGAUGAAAGCUCUCAAUGAGAUCGGAGGCUCCCCCAACCUGGAAGAGGCCUAUCUAAAAGCUGUGCCAUCCAAGAUCAUUCCCAACACGACCUGCCCAGAGCCGUCCAUGCAUCUCUUCCGAGAUCCAGUCUCUGGAGCCCUGCCCUGGACCGGGAUGACUUUUGGGCUGUCUAUCAUAGCCACAUGCUACUGGUGCAUUGACCAGGUCAUCAUCCAGUGGUCAAUAUCUGCUAAGAGCCUGAGUCAUACCAAGGCUGGCUGCAUCCUGGGCAGCCACCUGAGGAUGCUGCCCUUGUUGGUUAUCACCAUGCCAGGGAUGAUCAGCAGGGUCCUGUACCCAGACACCAUGGCCUGCGUGGACCCCAAGGAGUGCACCCACAUCUGUGGGGCUGCUGUGGGCUGCUCCGACAUCAUCUGCCCCAAGCUGGUGAUGGAGCUGAUGCCCAGAGGGUUGCAUGAUCCCAUGAUUGCAGUGAUGAUGGCUGUGAUCACAUCCUCCCUGACCUCCACAUUUAACAGCAGCAGCAUCCUCAUCACCAUGGGCAUCCGGAGGAAGCUGAGGCCGGGGGCUGGCGAGCAGGAGCUGCUCUUGAUGGCCAGCUGAAGGCUCUCACGUGGUUG